AUGUUCCAGGUGGAGGAGGAUGUUGAAGAGUAUGUUGCUGACGGGAACAGCCCAACUUGGGGCUCCUCCAUCUCUCACAAACACAGAUACGGGGCCGUCAAGAACCAGGGCCAAUGUGGCAGCUGCUGGGCAUUUGGAGCAGUUGGAGUAACUGAGGGAUUCCAAUCAAUGCUAACGGGUCGUUACACUGCUCUGUCUGAGCAACAAGUUCUAGAUUGCUCCAACGCGGGCUCAUGUGGAGGAGGUUAUCACUACAACGCCCUCAACUACAUCAAAAACACUAACAAACUCGCUACCAACUCUCAAUACAAAUACCGAACUAGCAAGCAGCGUUGCUAUGCCAACAACUACCAGAACGCUAUGCAGAUCAGAGUGACCAGGAUCUGGCAGGCUCGUGGUGACAGUAACCUAGCUAGUGCUAUAUCUAGAGGACCUGUAGCGGUACUUCUGUACAACUUCCACGGGGUGUCUGUAGAGGCGUACAAAUCAGGAGUUUUAAGGCCUCAGAACCACGGUCCACGAGCAAUGAACCACAUCGUGGUGGCUGUAGGGUACACUUCCAGCUACUGGGAGCUGAGAAACAGCUGGGGAUCCGGGUGGGGCCAGAGGGGUUACUUCCAACACUCCAGAUCCAAGAACAACAACAUAGGUGUGAGUGACUACGCCUACACAAUGUAUGCAAGCAGGGCGGGGGAGGAGGAGAAGGAGGAAUAAACAAGACAACAAAUUUCUUGUUUCUUAUUGUUACUUACC